AUGAAGGCUUCUCAAACAUCGCCGGAUGCGCAGUACAUCCAAUACAAAGUCCACCGCAACCUUUCCCACCACUGUUUCACCCACUGCCGACCACCCCUCACCACCCCGCCUUCAUCAUCUCCAAUUCCUCCGACAGGUCUUUCUCGUCUCCCCAACGAACUUCUUUUUCAAAUCUUUUCAUACUUGUUAACAUCUUCUACUCCGAUCAUUAUCUCCGACUUUCAAAAACAAGAUAUCUCGACUACUACAUCUUCAUACGCAAACUUCACGAAUAGACUGGUGAACCACUAUAUCGGGGCCUCAUCCGGCCUCUUCCUCGCGGAUAAAAAGAUUAGUAAUGCAGCGUUGGAGGUGUUAUAUUCCUCCAAUAAGUUUAUUUUGAAACUUCGGGUUAAUUUUACCCGUGCUUUCUUGUUAUCUAUCGGAGAGGUUAAUAGAGCCAGGAUUAAGUAUUUACAAGUUGGGGUGUAUUCGAAGUUAUCGUCUAAUACUUGGCAAUAUAAUCUAAAACGGGAGUUUGAGAGAUUGGGGACGGAUAUUGGUGCGGAUAUGGUGGCGGUUAGGGAGUUGGAAUAUAAAUCUGAGUGGACUCAUGGGAAGGAUUUCCCUGUUGGAGAUAUUGGAGUUGAGGAGAUUGUGAAGGUGGAGCGGAAGGGGGUUGAGAAGUUUCACGAGAAGUUGUUGAAGGCUUGGGGGGAUGAGGCGGGGAAUGUUAGGGUUGAGGUGGCUUCCUCGUUCGCGGACUUGCAUAAUCCGAAGGGGGAACAAAUUGAGGUGAUAUCAAAUCCUCCACCAGACACCCCGGCCGUUCAGCCGCAAUCCGGACUAUCUUCACUUCCAUACGACAUCCUACGGGAGAUCAUAUUAUACUGCCAUUUACAAAAGGAAGUACUUCUCUCAGGACCUCACAACUAUUUUUCCCUGCAAAGACGGUACAGCCAUGGUCCACUCGAUAUUGCCCUAAAACACCAUUCGCCUUGUUUCGACCACUACUCUCUUUUCCUCAUCUCUCCCAAAGUCAGCAAAAUAAUGAGGGAAGUAGUAUACUCGAACACAAGAUUCAGGGUUCGAGACCGAGGACUAGCUACUUUUAGUAGUGUUCUUAACGAGGAAGAUUUUAAUAUGAUUAAAGAUAUGGAAUUGGUAUUGGGACAUCCUAAUCAAGAGAGGAUGAAGUUUGUGGUAUUAUGCCUGAAAGGCGUGAUAUGGAGACUUUUAAAAAGUGGUAGUAAAAUCAAAAGGGUUAUGAUCAAAGUGGAUAGGUUAUCGGUACCAUAUUUAGGAACCAUGAUCCCGCUGUUGAGAGAGUUAAGAAAGAAAUCAGAAUUGACACUCCUAGAAACCUUAGGAACGGAUUCAAAAUUAAAAACAGGUGAUAGCUUUGGAGUGGAUAUGGGGAAAGAAAACGAUAUAGCAUGGAUGCUGGACGAUCAAACUGGUGUUACUACUUGGACGUGGAGCUGGGCACGAAACGGAUGGAGAGAUUUUGGGGAAGUUAUUGGAAGAGAGGAAGGAGAGAGGGAUAGAGUGGGGAAGGUUAAUGGGCUAAAGGAGAGAAAGGGAGGCAAAUCGAAGGGGAAAUCUAGUGCUGAAGAGAAAGGGCAAGAGGAGGCUGAGGGGGCUGCUGAGAGCAGUAGUAGUCGGAAUACGAGAAGACCGUCAGAGACAACAGUCGAGUCGAUGAGGAGGAGGGCGAGUAAGAGUAAGGAUAUUUUGAAGAAGUGGGUGUCUGAUUUGCAUUGA